AUGACACAUUUUCGGUGUACAUUUUCAAUGUUUAUUCAUUUUUGGGUGGCUUAAUACAAUUCAGUUUUAUUGUGUGUUUAUUUUUUAAGUUUGAGCACUCGGCGUGAAAAUUCAUCCGAACAAUAUUGUGAAUUAAAACAAAUAUAGCAAAAUAGAGACAAGAUAGAGAAAGAGAAAGAGGAACAGUGAUAGAGAGAGAGAGAGUGUGAGUGGGAUCGAGAGUGUGCGUGAAAGAGAAGAAAAAAAUAUACGCCAAAACAGAAAAUGUAACAAUAAUAUUCGGUCGACUCAGAAGACACGAGGAAAACUGCCAUACAAACAUAAGUAGUGUGCUAAGAAGUAUUUUCCAUCCAUAAAGUUGUUGUGAGUUUGACAUAAACUUUGUGCAAGAAAUAUAAAUAGAUUGACUUAAGAAUGAUUUUAUUUCUGUGAAAUUGCGAGAAACUAUAAGAAAACAAUUCUAUAGAGGCGAGAGAAAAAAUAUAUACAAAUUCUAAAGAAAAACCGAAAAUCACUGUGUAUAAUAAAAAAUAAAAUUUAAACGAACCAAGCAACCAAAAUAAAUUUCGGUGUUUUUUGAAGAAAAAUGCUGCUUGUGAUUAAAACAAAGAAAAAGACAUUCAUAUUAAAAAUGUAAAUAAAAUCGACAAAGGAAGCCGUCACAAUCUUCCCGUUCACAUCAAUCGCAACAUCAUAAUCAUGAAAAUUCGCCUCAACGAAUUGGCAGUGGAUACCCUUAGCUAUUUGUUCAUGGUUCAAUAUAUUUAUUGGGUAAAUGGCAGCGAAUUUCCAGAACGUGAGUGCUGUGACACAAUUUUCUCAUCACCACCAAAUCCGGAACCGGUACAACCGACCCGAUCAACAAUAGCAUUUACAAAUAUUAUACCAUCGACGGCCAUCAAUUUGACUACAGGGACACAGGGGAAACUAUUAAGUUGCAUUUUGGCGCGCCAAUUAUGUUUUGAGGAUCCAUCAUGUUCAGCCAUAUUGGAAAUCAUACCACGUGUAUGUGGUCCGGUUCCAGUGGCAUGCAGUACAGUUACGGUGAUAAAGUGUUUGGCUGCACUAAAAACGUUGCAAGCAUUUCCAUUUUUCCGUCCAACAUGUCUAUGCAAAGAGCCCGGUCUCGAUCCUGAAUGUAACAAUUUCCAAGAUUUUCUAUUCGAUCAUCCGUGCGGUCUUGUGAGGAAAAAAGAAAAAGAUCCAUAUCCAAUCGAUGCAUUGCCCACGUGUAAUCAUGCAUUAGCUGUAUGCCAACAAUCACCGAAAUGCAGUGAACUUUUUGAAAGUUUUAAAACUCAUUGCAAAGUUCGUGAUAAUAAAUGUCGAAUGGAAGACAAAAACUUAUGCUAUGAAGCAUGGUCAAAAUUAAGAUUGUCGCCAAUGUUUGGUUGCAUUUGUCCAAAUAACCACAUAAAACGACGCUGUGAUAGAAUAUUUUCAAUGGUAAAUCAUAAUCCGUGUGUUGCUCAUUCGAUGUCAUUGAAUCAUUUUACCGAACAAAUUUUCGAUGACGCUAUAAUCGACAACAAAAUUACCGCCAUCAGUGCAAAAGAUAUGAAAAAUCAUCAUCAUGAUUUUUUGUAUCCAUAUAAUUUAACGGUAUUUCGAACAAUGCCAACAUUGGACAAUGUUCGCUUUUCACCUGGCACCGUUGCCGAAAAAUUUGAAAACAGUUUGUCCAGUUUUUCGUUGGCCAAAAAUAUUGAUGCGCUGCAAAUCACUUGUGAUUCAGUUGAUCAAAUUUGUAAAAGAAAUGCCAUGUGUUCAGAAGCAUUGAAGCCGGUUAUAGAAUACUGUGACUUCCAUAAGUGCAAUCAAAAUGCAUGCUUGGAUGCGCUCCAAUCAUUUUAUCGACUAUCCAAUGAGGAUUUUACAUUGGAUAUUGCAUUUUGUGUGUGCAAUAAAAUACCGCAUCAUAGUGACUCGUGCCUGAGAGCGCAGGAGAAAUUACAUCCAAGAUGUGCUAAAAGUUCGGAUUUGAUUGAUAUGGCCAUAUUGAAUAGUGGCGGCGGUGGCGGUGAUGGCAAUGCUUAUUCAUCUGUUCAACCAGCAUGUCAUACGGUUGCCGAGGUGUGUCGAGCCGAUGCAAGUUGCAGGUCUCGUCUCGAGCAAUAUGAACAAGCGUGUGCAAUAGAUAGUUCAACAUUAAAAUGUGCUGGCCAUCCGAGUGCAUGCCGAACAGCGAUAUUGGGCAUUCUAGGUACGCCAUUGCGGGUAACAUGUUCGUGCCAUAACACAGAUUUAGUUUACGAAUGCAUGGGAUGGUAUCGCCUUCUCUGGUUAAAUACAUGUGUUGCCGAAGCACAAUUAGACUUCCAUUUGAAACGUUUUAAUGAAGUGAGCGUUUCGAUGGUAUCGAAUCCAGAAAAUAAUGUUGAUAUAGUGAGUAGCAGUACAUCAAAAGCAGUAAUACGAACUACAUCAACAACCCUAGCGACAACAACAAUACUUCAUAAAAAAACAAUGGAUAAUCGGGUAAAAUUUCAAAAAAUAAACGUAAUCCAAUCGACAACACCAAUGCCGUUUGUUGUUUUGGGAAAAGUGCUGGUUAGCACUCAACAGUCCGUUAUUCCGGAAAAGUUUGAUAGUCAAACAAACGAAAAUGUAUUGCCACAAAAGACAAUUGAUUAUAAUAGCAUUGCGGAGGAGUUUAUCGAUCAAAAUGACACCGUCAUCGAUUUGAUCAUGCAAACUCAAUUGAAAACCGAGCCGAUUACAACACCGGAACCAAGGUUUUGUAUCGUUCAAAGGCCACGUCAAUCUGAUCAGUUAAUAUCAGUGAAUAAUGCGCGAAGGAUAUACUCAUUAGAUGACGCCGAAUGCAGUGAACUUUGUUUUUGUACGGAUUCAUUGGUACUAACGUGUCAUGCAUUAUGCGUUCCGAUUGCACCAUGUCGAACAGCGUUGGCAUUUUAUAGCCAUGCAUCACCAGCAUAUCAGGCAUUCCGAGGCCGUUGUCUUUGUUAUUCUGGCAAAUUUAUAUGCAUGAGACCGCCACAUGGUGAAUAUACAUUACCAGGUGGUAUUUUCCUAUUGUUAGGCUAUAGUUCGAUGGAUGAAGAGUUACUGAGAGCAUACACAAACUUGGGAAUUCAAGAUACCAUUAGAGCCUUUCAGCAGUAUAUCUACAAUCAUAUUGAUAAUCAAUCAACAUGCGUAUUAUCAGCAUUGAAUUUAACCGAUGAGAACACAAUUAUCUCUGUUAGAUUACAAAAUUAUUCAAAUGCAACUCCUAUGGAAGCGUUUGAUGCUCUCAAGGAUCAAUGUAUUUCUGUAAUGGAACAAAUCAGCUACGACAUAAAUUCACAAAGUGCUGAGCUGAUGGCGCAUCAGUUAUUAAGUGUAUAUAAAAUGGCCGAGGUGCAGAUCGUGUCUCCCGAAAUAAAUUGUUCACCUGUUACGUUUAGCUUAUCAUUGCUUUCAUUAUUAUCACUCACAUUAUCAAUCACACUACUCCUUAUGCCUUUACUUAGUCAUCAGUUUGUAAGAAUGACCGCAUUAGGAUUAUAAAUUGUUUUUCGCUUGACAACACUAAACAUUCAAACAAAACUGAAAAUGAAAAUUGUUCUCAAAAAAAUAAUAAGUAUUUAUCAAAUACUAAAGACGAAUUAAAGAAAAAAACCCAACAUUUAAUGAACAAAAAAAAAAUGUUAAAUUUUGAAUGGAAAAGAGGAGGCAAAAAUACUAUCUAAAAAAAAUCACAUCAAACGAUUUUACAUUCAUUGAUUAUUUCACCGCGCAUUCAAUUUUAGUCAUACAUCAUUAAACAUAUCAAAUCAAUGAAAUCAUAUUUACCGGAUGAACGAGCAAACAUAAAAAAAAACAAAUGUAAUACAUAGAAGAUAGAAACAGGAAAUAACAUUAAGUUAUAGCAUACAUUCUCGGCAACCGACAUUUAAAUUUACUCAUUUUAAUGAAAUUAACAAAAAAAAAGCAGAAACGCCAAUGUUUCGGAAAAUGCAAACGAUACAUAUCAAUGCGAUGACUUGAAUUUCUUUUAUUGAAAAUAUACAAAAAAAAAAAACACAAUAACAACAAAAUAAGAUGUUUUUUCUUCUUUGCCGAAAUCGAAUUGAAUUUGAUUGUUUCAACUUUCGAACGACGUGAGUUUCAACUUUCGACAAACAUAUUUGAAGGGAAAAUAUUCAAACCAAACGGUGUAGUACACAAUAAAUAGUCAUUGAUAGCUCAAAAUUAUUAUAAAUAAAUCCGGAUUGAUUUCAAAAAAAAAAAAAAAAAAA